ACAAAGUUUCAAAAUAAGCCGGCCUUGGAGGCUGGAGUAAUUUUCGUUUGAACAAUCAGAAGUGACGAACUAGUGUAGUAAUUAAAAUCCAUAUAAUUUUGUAAAAUUAGACUUGAAGCGAAAUGUUGCGCACCGUUCGAAGUUUGUUGCAGCUGAACAAUUCUCUUGUGAAAGUAAGCAGCAGAUCUCUGAAUUUGAUUCCCAUUGUUGUAGAGCAAACUGGCAGAGGUGAAAGAGCUUACGACAUCUAUUCAAGAUUGCUCAAAGAAAGGAUUAUCUGUUUGAUGGGCCCAGUAACGGAUGACAUAUCGUCCCUUGUGGUUGCCCAGUUGCUGUUCCUUCAGUCAGAGAGUAGUAAAAAGCCAAUACACUUGUACAUAAACUCCCCAGGUGGUGUAGUGACAGCUGGCCUUGGUAUUUACGAUACGAUGCAGUAUGUGCUCCCACCGGUGGCAACCUGGUGCGUUGGACAGGCAUGUUCGAUGGCUAGCUUAUUACUAGCAGCUGGUGAGCCUGGCAUGCGACACGCAUUGCCAAACGCCAGGAUAAUGAUCCAUCAGCCGUCCGGGGGUGUUCAGGGCCAAGCCACAGAUAUUAGGAUACAGGCGGAAGAGAUUCUCAAACUCAAGAGUCAGAUAAACAAACUUUAUGCUAAACACACUGGAACGGAUAUUCAAGAAAUAGAAACUAACAUGGAAAGAGAUAAGUUUAUGUCGCCAAUCGAAGCCAAAGAAUUUGGUUUGAUAGACAAAGUUUUAGAGCAUCCUCUGCAGGAACGUGAAGAACCGCCGCCUGUAGGCUCGGACAAAAUAACGACGAGUACUACGGUAUGAGUUCAAGGCAGUGAAUGUUGAAUGA